AACAAAAAGUCUUUGGAUAAACAAAGAAAUAAAACGCGAAUUAACAUCGGCGUGGCUUUCCAGCGAUGGCGAGAACUGAGGGAGCUCAAGGGGCUGAAAAGUGACUCCUUGAUGGCUUUAUUUCUGCUGGACAGGUAAAUCUUUCUUUUUGUAUUUUGAUCAUACAUAUUUUUUUGUUUAUUUUUUCAUGAAGCAUGUGUCAUUAGCACACGUAGCUGCGUAAUAUAGCUAACAUAACAUUACUUAGCGAGCCGUAGUAGAGACGAUAAAUAAUCUAUAGGCCUAGCUCAAGAUGAUAGCUGUAGUGUUGAAUUGUGCAUAAUUUUGCUUUAGAUAACUAAAUACAUGUUUAACAGAUAGUAGGCCUAACGUUACUCCGCAUCUAGGAACUUUUCUUAGAACUAUAUUUACCCUCUGUCUAACUCUUUUUACCAUGUUCACCUGUAAGUUUACCUGCACGUUUUUUUCGCCUUUGUUUUGUUUUUAUAUUCUCUACCUAUGAUUACUGAUGUCUUUAUCUUGUAUCUGUGUGUGUCCUACACACUUUGUUGUAUGUGUGUGUUAUUAUUUUGUGUCUGCAAUGCAGUUGUGAGUUGAUAUUUGAGUGUAUGUUACUCUGUUUAUCUGUAAUCAAGACAUUUUAUAAAUGUGAUGUAAUUGUUGUGUUGAUUUGUUUAUUUUUUUUUAUUAGUUAUGAGAAAGACAUAUCAACGUCCACACCAUCGAAAAGUGGAUUUACAAUGCCACCACCACCUGUAUCCACUAUUGUCUCUGGGUCGCUUUCUGACCGAGAUGAUGACUUCUCAGUCCCUGGAGUUGAAGAGUUGGAUAGUAGCAGCGUACAGGAUAAAAACAUUCAGGAAUUAGAUGCAAGUAUGUCAUCACUGGAUCUGGAUGUCAUCAGUGAAGAUGAAUUUAACAACAUUAAAAACUCAAUUAUCGAGUGGGAAGAUGACACCUGGUGUCCUGAUAUGGAGACAAAGUCUGUGUCAUCAUUUGAAGAAGACGAAACAAAGGAAAUAGAUACAGACUAUGAUGACAGUGAUGAUGAGGACUAUAUGCCACAUAUUUGUGUGCGGACUUGCGGUGCUCUGACGACUCCGAUUUGUCUGGAUUCCCUUCAAACAAUUAGUAUGGAGGACACUGUGCACGAUGCUGAAGACAACUCCCAAGACCCUAUUAUUGCAGACAUACAUCCAAUCCCAGAGACUGCUAAAAUCAUGGUUGAGGAUGACAUAAUUGGCCAGCCAGCAUCUAUAACAUACCACAGUUGUCUGAAGCUGCUUGCCGAAUAUCUUGUUCUACCUGUGAACAUGUGUACUGCUAAGGACACAAACACAAAUGCAGAGUGUGGGGCACAUAAACCAUUUGAAUUCAACAUCCAUUCCAGGGGUACAGCUGCAAUUGUGGAAUGGAUAUGUUGUAAUGGUCACACUGUUUGGAAAUGGUCUUCACAGCCCAAUUUUAAAUAUGGAAUGCUUGCUGGGGACUUUAUGUUGGCGUGUAACAUACUGCUGUCUGGCAACAACUAUGCCAAGAUUUCUCUUCUCUUUAAAUUUAUGAAUAUGGGGAUGGUGGAGAAGUCAUCUUUUUUUCCGAAUACAAGACUCAUACUGUGUGGACACCAUAAAGGAAUUCUGGAAGGAGAAGAGAGCUGAAAUCAUUGCCCAAAUACAGUCCAAAGGGCCUAUUGUGGCCUUAGGUAAAUUCACAUACACACACAAAUAAACAGGAUAUCUAUUAAAAGAGAGUACAGAAUAUUUCAA